AUGGCUCGUGUCUUCAUUUCCACCUUUUCCCCUCUUACCUCGUUAGCUCGCGAAGGUCUGCGAAACUACAGAUCGAUUUCUUGCCGAAGAAAAUUGUGUUUUUCUCACUUGAUCAGAAGGACUAUGGCAUAUUCAACUUAUGAUAGUGGAGCUCCAAAUUCCUUGGAAUACAGAAUGUAUUUUCGUAAGUAUUCGCAAAACCUGAAAAAUAUGGAUCUUCAUUCGCCUCAAGCCUCACUCGGAGAAAAUCGAUCGAAUUGACUCGAUUUGUGAUAAUAAACUUAGCGAUACUCGAUACUGAAGAUCUAAAAGAAAAUGAUAGUUGGUAUUUGGUGGAGAUCGAAUAUAUGUAAAAGUUAACUCGAUCAUAUCUUAACACCGAGGACUAGGGUGUAAUUCGUGUUUAAUGAAGUUUAGUUGCAAAUUUUUAAGCUUGUCGAUGGGGCACAUUUUUGGCUUAUAAGUUUUUGGUUAAUUAAUUUCUGAGGGUAAAGAGGAAAAAUAUGUGUUGAUACAGAUUUCUAGUCACCUCCAAAAUAAGAACGACCUUUCAACUGAAGGAAGUGGUACAGUGUCGGUUUUCAGCGAAUGUGAUAUGGGAGUGGGGUGGCUAAUUAACUUUUGAGGAAUAUUGGUUUCAAAGAGGAAAAUCGCCCAAGGUUUUUUGUGAAGUAAGCAAUGCCUGCGUUUACGCCUUCUAAUUAUUUUUUAAAAAGCUAAAUGGAUACAUUUUUGGGGCAGAAUUUGUUUUUGAGACAGUGACACAAAUCUAUCAAUCAAUUAUCAGAAAUGUCAGUUUAUAACUCUUCUGAGACUGGGGAGUAAUUGGUAAUCAAUGAAUGUAGGAUACCUGACACAGUGAUUUUACACAAGGGUCUUUACAAAACUCUUACUGAUAAAUCUAUUUGAAAUUCUCAGAGGACCAAAGUGGCCAGGCUAUUUCUCCCUUCCAUGACAUUCCACUAUUUGCUGAUAAAGAUGUAAGUGCAUUAAAAAUUAAAUACAACUUUUUUUUGGCUGUCAAAGUUCAGACUAUCAUGUAUUGUCAGUCCAUAGUGAUAAGACUCUAUAAUCCAAGUUGCAAGGAAUUAUACUGAAUUUUUCCACAGUAGAGCUGAAUUCAGCUACAUGUUUACUCAAAGAACAAUUUAAUUUGCCAUGCUCUGUGAUUAUCACAGAUGUGUUGAGUGUAAUUUAACCUUUUGCCUCUCAUGAGUGACCAAAAGAGAAUUUCUCCUCACAAUAUCAAGACAAUAUCCAGCAGACAAGUGAUGGGAAUAAAGAAAAUAUCAAUUAAGGGAUUAUUCGUUUUUCCAAUACCAAAUUCUCCAAAUUGACACAAUAAGAAUUGUAUGACAGAUAGUGAGGAGAAAACCAAUGAGAUCUUAGGAGGUAAAGGGUUAAUGCACAGAGGGUCCUCAAUAAGUCACAAUUAAAGUAGAUGGCUAGCAGCACGAAGUAAGCAGCUGACGAGGGGAGAGUUUCCUCCAAGGGUCUCCAUGCAUGCCCCAAAAAAUAUCAUUUUGUAAUGUAAAGGCUCUGAAAUGCCUUUUUAUGCAUUCUUUUGGAGGUAUACAUGCAAAGCAUUGUGGUCGUCAAUUGGUUAGGUAAAUACACUUUAGUUAAUGAUUAGAAAAGUCCUUGACUAGUCAGAAGAAGUGUGAUACAAAGAUGGCUUUCAUGAAAGUUGUCUGUUUGUAAAAUUGUUUUGAAGCAGUGACUUGUCACAAGUGACAACUUGCACUGUCAAAUUUUUUCACAAGAAGUAUAGCGCUCAGAAAUUGAGGUAACUGGUUUUUUAACUAGCAGCAAGCACUUGAUGAGAACUCUGUGAACAUGGGUUACUACAAAUGUUGUCAUCAAAAAUUUUAUUUUUACUGAAGAUUGACACUUAUCUGUUUAUUUUAUGUUUCUCUUUGCUCUGUUUAGAAGGCAAUCUAUAACAUGGUAGUUGAAGUUCCAAGAUGGACAAAUGCCAAAAUGGAGGUUUGUUUUUUUGUUUCAAGACUCAACAAUUUCAUAUACAAGAAUGCAUUGCUUGGCCUUACUAUAACCUCAAUUGUUCUUACUGAGAUACAAUACAAUGAUCACUUAAACAACAUAAGGAGGAAUUCUGGUAUUUAAUAUGAAGCAGUGAAGUUAUUAUAUGGCUUCAUUGUUUAACCCUUCACACCCCCAAAUCAGUCAGCAUAUUCUCCAUACUGAACUUUAUACAUUUCUUAAGUUGAGGACAGGGAGAAUUUGUUUAACAAUCAAGAGCUUCUUUAGUUGGUGAUCAUUUCUUUUAUUCUCAUGGCCUUGAUAUGGGACUCAAGGGUGACAUUGUAAGAGAAAUUAGAAGCUUGUCACUAUUCAAAGGGUUCAGUUCACUGAGAUGAUGUACCAAUAAAUGGUAGGCGUGUGAAAUCUAACUAAGAGCACCUUCUAAUUGUUGAAUCAAAACUACAGUUGUAAGGUUACUUUAUAAAUCUUCAACUAAUUAAUAUGCAAAUUAUCAUAUAUUUUUGAUAUGUUAAGUUUUGAAAGUGAUGAUAUAUUUAUAUGUAAAUCCAAAACAGAUUUCUACCAAGGAAGCUCUGAAUCCUAUCAAACAAGACUGUAAGAAGGGAAAACUCAGAUUUGUUCAUAACUGCUUCCCCUAUCAUGGAUACAUAUGGAAUUAUGGAGCAUUGCCUCAGGUUUGCUAUUUUUGGAUAGUUUCAGUUCCUUGAUAAUUAGGAAAACCUGCUAAUUAUUGUUUAAAAUAUUUUUCAUGGUCUGCAAAUAACCUUUUCAUGGCUACUGGUAUGCUUGUGCAUGACAUGAUCUACCUACCAUUUGCUACAAAAUGAUAUAAUUCUACUCUUGUACUGUCAAGUUGAUUCUACCCUAAUGAAAAUCUUUGAAAAAUGUUCAAGGAUCCUAAGAGAUCUUUUUCAGGACCUUUGAAGCUCUUGAUGAGCUUGUCAAAGAUCUAUGAAAAAUCUUUGAAGAUCUUCUUCAGGACCUUUGAAGCUCUUGAAGACCAUGUCACAGAUCUAAGAAAAUCCUUGAAGAUCUUCUUCAGGACCUUUGAAGCUCUUGAUAAUCUUGUCAAAGAUCUAUGAAAAUCCUUGAAGAUCUUCUUCAGGACCUUUGAAGCUCUUGAAGAUCUUGUCACAGAUCUAUGAAAAAUCCUCAAAGGUCUUCUUCAGGACCUUUGAAGCUCUUGAGGAUCUUGUCAAAGCUCUGAAAAAUCCUUGAAGAUCUUCCUCAAGACCUUUGAAGCUCUUGAAGAUCUUGUCAAAGAUCUAAGAAAAAUCCUAGAUCUUCUUCAGGACCUUUCAAGCUCUUGAGGAUCUUGUCAAAGAUGAAAAAUCCUUGAAGAUGUUUAAAAUUCUUGUUAAGAUCUUUAGAGGUCCUUCAUUUUCAUGCCAAGAUUUUGAACUCUUCUGGGGGAAAUAACAGAUCACAUUACAGCCUGUAAGCUGCCUCAUAUAGAAAUUGUAUUCCUCAUAUGUUGCCACAUACUAAUUUUGUAUAAUUUUUUAUACUAUUAUUUUAGACCUGGGAAGAUCCAAAGCACAAAGAUCCAAACACAGAGUGCAUGGGAGAUAAUGACCCAAUAGAUGCCUGUGAAAUUGGUACCAUGGUGAGUGUAAUACUCAGCCAACUAUUCUGUUCAUUGCUUUAUAUUCCAUUUUACAGUUGUGUGCUUGAUUGCCAAACCUUUGAACAGGAGUGAGACAAAGGUUGACCUUGUUUUGAUACAAAUGUUGCUGCUUUUCAAAUGUAAAUUACUUUGUUAUCAUGCUAAGUAGAUACUGGUCUCUAUUACACCAAGGUCACCUUCAGGCUUACUCCAGAUCAAAGGCUUGGUAGCUAAGUACACAACUGUAAAAUGGGGUAACUUCAUCAUCCAAGUGAUAGACAAAGGGUUUACACUCAAAAUGUCAGCUUAGAAACAGUCCCUACAGUGGCUACUUUACAUAAUCAACUCAGUUGAUAAGACUAAAUUACCCUGUUAUACUCUCCCAGCGAUGCAGCACCACAGUUUCUUGGCAAACUUUCCCCUUUUAAUCAACUUUCAAUGGCCUAUUUUGAAUUGAAAGCUCUGUUCAGUACAAUUUUAAUAGUAAUUUUUGUUUGCAUCGAAACCUUCAUUUGUUUGUUUCUUUAUAGUAGAAUUACAUGACAGAGCAGAUUUUCUAGCACAUUUCAGUCUUUGAGCAUUGCUUGAUAUGUUUCACUCCCAGACCAAGUUUGUUAUUCUCCUUACUGUCAAUCAUACAGUUUUUAUAAUGUUGGUUCCAAGAAUUUAGGAUUCAAUCAACUAAUUAUCCCUAAAUUGAUAUUUUUUCUCUAUUCUUAUCACUUAUCUGGUUGACAUUGUAUCUAUAUUGUAAGGAGAAAUUCUGUCUUGGUCACUCAUGGGAGUUAAAGGGUUAAAUCAUUAAUAACCUGCAGAUUGCCAAGCAAGGAGAUGUUAAACAAGUGAAAGUUUUGGGGACUGUUGCAUUGAUUGAUGAAGGUGAAACUGACUGGAAAAUUCUCUGCAUUGAUGUAAAUGAUCCUCUUGCCAAAGAGAUGAAUGGUAAGAUAGCUUUUUGUGAAAGUUUUAGAGUGACUAGUUCAUGAUAUACAUUCAGGGCUUCUGCCUUCCCAAUUCUGUGUAAAACCUAGGAGAUUUAUUGAGAUAGCAUAUAGAUAACAAACUCCUCAUGACAUAGGAUGCUGUAAGCACCUUCUCUGAACCAAUCUACCAAACUUAUGGUCAAAAUCAAAAUCAAGGAAUUCGUAUUUUUGCUCCAAGUACAUGGGACAUCAAUGGCCAUUUUUUAUUGUUAACACACAGCUGUAUAGAUACAUGUUGUACUCUAUUUGUUGUUGUUUAUAUUUUAAGAUUUCUGGUAAUUAUUAUUACUGUUCAACUCAGGAACCAUGAACACUUUGAUGUAAAUGGGACAGAUAAAUUGUGUCUUGACCAACUGAAUCAUGAUAAAUUUCAGGACAUGCAUGGAAACAACAAAACAACAAACUAACAGAUCUAUUUAGCUUGCAUGUUUUGUUUGCCAAUUGUAGGUGUUAAGGGAAUUUCCAGCUUUACCUUUUGUAAAUUAUGCAUAGAUGACAAUUCACUAGAGUAUUAUGACAUGACCUGAAAUGGGUUUAAACUGGAAAUACAAGCUGAAGAGGUCUAUUAUUGUUUCUGUUUGCUGUUUUUUUUUCUUACAGCUGAUUGAUUCAUUCCCUAAAAUUUUUCUGGUGUACACAGUUUUAUAAGUAUCACUGACAAUAUGGCCUUUUUUACAGAUGUUGAUGACAUUGAAAAACACAUGCCAGGACUUCUCAAGGUAUUGUGUGGAGGGCAUUUUAAAUUUUGCAAUGAUGAUGGAGGCUAAGAUUUUGAUAAUGAUCACAAUGAUGUGUUAUGAAGAAGUCUGGCUUUAGAAAUAACAAUAGCAAUGUUAAUGAUCAGUUGUGUCGUUUUAUAGGCCACAGUUGACUGGUUCAAGAUCUACAAAAUUCCAGCUGGUAGCGGUGAAAAUCAGUUUGCUUUCAACGAGGAAGCAAAGAACAAGGUACAGUUUAUCUGAUACAAAGUUCUUCCUUCUCUUUGCGACCCACUACUUUAUGAAUUAGUAUGGGGAAUUUUUUCUCUUCAAGAUAACACUCUGGAGCUGUUCAUUUUGUAGUUCUCGUUACCAUUUUUCUGGAUAAUGUUUUGAUAUGGUAAGGAAAUGUUAACGAGUAAUCUAUCAAGGAGAAAGGGGUUCCAGAUAAAAAAUACUGACAUACUAAUUAACCGUUACAGAAAAUGUUAUACAGAUGUUGGAGUGGACUAUUUGUAAAGUGUUCAAUUGAUGAUCAAACAAAGUUUGAUUCCCAAACUAUAUGGUUUUGUAACAUUAUUAAGAACUGAUGUGUGAGUCAUUAAUAUGGUCUUGAAUUAUUUAGGAAUUUGCUAUGAAGAUCAUUGGUGAAACACACGAAUGUUGGAGAAAGCUGGUUCUCAAAGAGGUGGAAAAUGACAUAGGCCUCGCUUGGUAAGAAAAUAUUAGUCCAUUUUUAAACAACUCAGAGCCUGCAUUUUGUGGGAAAGACUGUUUUUUUUUAACAAAUAACUCACAAGUGUUCAGCAAACAUGGAGGUCUUUUGUAAGAAAAAUAGGUGUACGAAAUUUACAGGGGGGGGAAGGGGCAGAUUAAGAUUUCGCUUGUCAUUUUAGGGGGGUAGACUCUUGGCAGAUCAACAAUCUAACCAAGAAAUUGGAUGUAAUCUUGUAGUAAUCUUUUACUUGUUUUUAAUUCUAUGAGCAAUAAUUAGAGAUGAGGUUUUCAAAGAUAAAUUUUUUCUUCUCCGUUAGCAAAAAUGUCACAGUUGAUGGAUCGCCAUACAAGAUGUCUGCCGAGGAAGCAACUGGUAUCCUUAAUCACGUGAGUAGAAGUAAUUUGAGAGAAUAA